CCGGUAUCCGAAAUUGCAGUAUACGACUUGACCAGUCCCCGUUGUGAUCCGAAGGUGCAGUCGACGCCUUGACCAGUCCCACUAUGACUUCCCGCACCUGGAACUCCUUCUGGGGCUCCACCUUCGUUAAGGCUCCACUACGGAACGGCGUGGGCCGGUAUGUCCAGCAGCUGCAGAGGAUCACCUUCAAGUUCUGCAAGAGCAGCGGCAGCAGCCAAGGCACCAGAGAAUAUAUCGAGAAGGAGCUAAUUGAAUUUGCUAGAGAGAAUCCAGGUGUUGUUGUAUAUCUUAAGCCACGGCGCCAUAGGUCAUCCUGCCUGAAAGCUGAGUAUUUGAAUGGAGGCGAGGAAUACAUAUCUACACACAAGCAAACAUAUGAAGAAAUAAAAAAGUGGGUAGAGUAUUUAAGAACACGGUCAGGGUAUCCAGUGGAGCUCCUGCGAAAGUACCAGCAUACAGAUCAUCCUUCAAUUCAAGGCGCUUGGACACCAUGGAUUCAUCGGGAUCCAAUUAUCAACAUUGCAGAAUAUCCAAAUGAGGAGCUGUCUGCCGCUAUUAAAACUGAGAAAACUGGAACAGAUCAGAUUUUAGAGCUAGUUGAAAGGCAGAAAAUAUCUGGCCGGGCAAAUACAUCUUCGUGAUUGAUAGUCACCAACUUAUUAACAUAGCAGGUUUUGUAUGCAAGAUGUUGACAAAUAGUCGGUCUUAUUGUAUGUAUUGUAAUGUUUAAUGAUGUAAAAAUAAUGAUUGAAUUUGAGUAAAAUAUUUGCUUAAA